AUGAGUGGCAGAAUUCAGAAAUCCAGUCAAAAAGCCAGCGGCUUGACUUGUAUUUGCGCUCUAUGCGGAAAGCAUCUACGAGACAAGCACUCGCUGACUCUUCAUAAGAGUGCUAAACAUUCAAGCCAAUUCCAUCCAUGUACAAAGUGUGAUGAGAGCUUCUCCCUGAAAACUGAUCUUAACAAACACAUCGAGGAGAUUCAUGGAGAGAUCAAAAACAAGUGUGAAGAGUGUAAUCGCACAUACGUCAAUCUUCAGGGUUACAAGAACCAUGUCAAGAAUUACCAUGGAACCUUCCCAUGUCCUCAUCCUGGUUGUAACCGCAAGCUAAGUACUUUGAAGAGCCUGAACUGCCACAUUGAUAUUCACGUUCGCGAAUUCCCAUGCAAAAUUUGCGAAAAAUCUUUCGCGAGCAAUUCUGUUCUUCUUGGACACAUGGAUUCCACUCACGCGGAAUACAGCUGUAUAUGUUCUGUUGAAGGUUGUAAUGCCAAAUUCGCCGUUCCCGCUUCUUUGAGAUUACAUGUUUUGCGCGUCCAUGAGACCAAAGUUCAUCCGGAGACUGUUUGCAAGCUAUGUGGCCAUGACUUCAAACGCCAUACGACCAAUCUAAGAAAGCACAUGGAAACGGUUCACUGGUUAGAUUUAUUCAAGGAAAAGUUUGGAAAGCCACGGAAAGAUGGAGAAGAUGAAGAUGUCCCUGCAAAUCAUCUUGCCCCCAUGAAACUUAGCAUAAUAGGCGCCGGCUCACAUUAG